UCUUCUGAUCCUCUUUUGCCUGCAGGUCACUUGAACUCCACACUGAGCGACCAUGAGCGCGCUUGAUUUGACUUCCAUCCUCGAUUUUCUGGAAACGGCCAACUUGACGGAGAUCAACUGGACGUGCAACAACGGUGACUGCAUCACGGUUGAUGCGACAACAUGCCCCGGCACGCUCAACAAAAGCGCCCUGCUCUACACCCUGUCCUUCUUCUACAUUUUCAUUUUCGUCAUCGGGCUGGUGGCCAACUCGGUUGUGGUGUGGGUCAACCUCCAAGCCAAAAUGACUGGCUACGAAACCCACCUCUACAUCUUCAACUUGGCUAUCGCCGAUCUGUGUGUCGUCAUCACCCUUCCGGUGUGGGUUGUCUCCCUUGUCCAGCAUAACCAGUGGCACAUGGGUGAAAUCACCUGCAAGAUAACUCACCUUAUCUUUUCCAUCAACUUGUACGGCAGCAUCUUCUUCCUGGCGUGCAUGAGCGUGGACCGCUACCUCUCAGUUGCCUAUUUCACCAACUCCAGCAAUCGCAAGAAGAAGAUAAUCCGGCGCUGCAUCUGCAUCUUGGUGUGGCUCCUUGCCUUCUCUGCCUCUCUCCCAGACACCUAUUACCUCAAGACGGUCUCUUCCAACAACGAAACCUACUGCCGUCCUGUCUACCCGGAGGAGAGCUUCAAAGAGUGGUUGAUUGGCAUGGAGCUCAUCUCCGUUGUGCUGGGCUUCCUCAUCCCUUUCCCAGUCAUUGCUUUCUUUUAUUUCCUCCUUGCCAAGACCAUCUCCUCCUCCAGCGACCAAGAGAGGAAGAGCAACGGGAAGAUCAUUUUCUCCUACGUGGUGGUCUUUCUCGUCUGCUGGCUCCCCUACCACGUAGCCGUCCUGCUCGACAUCUUCUACAGCCUUCAUUUCAUCCCUUUCAGUUGCCAGAUGGAGAACUUCUUAUAUGCCACUCUCCACGUCACCCAGUGCUUCUCUCUUGUCCAUUGCUGCGUCAACCCCAUCCUGUACAGCUUCAUUAACCGCAACUACAGAUACGAGCUCAUGAAGGCUUUUAUUUUCAAGUACUCUGCCAAAACGGGGCUCACGAAACUCAUCGAUGCUUCCAGAGUCUCAGAAGCAGAGUAUUCAGCUCUGGAGCAAAAUGCCAAAUGACUGCAACCCCAGAAAGAAACCUCCUUGACUCUCUGACCUUUGUUUUUUUUUUGUGUGUUGGUUUGGUGGUUUGUUUUUUUUUUGUGUGUGUGUGGUUUGUUUUGUGGUUU